AUGGUCAUAAAGAUGCUCAUUGAACUCGACAGAAGAGUGGAUGAACUCAGUGAGAACUUCAGCAUAGAGAUAGCUGCUAACCACCAAAAAAAGGACGUCCCUAAAACUGGAAUGCCAGAAAAGGGUGAAGGAAAUGACCAACUGCAAAAUUGUGAGCCUGAAGUUGUGACCUGUGUCAGCAAAAUUGUUGUGACCUCUGAGUACCACACCAAGAAUCAACAGAAAAAAGUAAAAACACUGAACCAAAAAAGAAUGGAACACAGAACCGUAUAAAAAAGAAACCAAUUUCAAGACAGCGAGCAAAGGCUCAUAGGCAUCGCCAGCAAAGAGGAGAAGUGCAAUGAAAAUUCUAAGUCCCAAGCAGAGAAGAGUGGAAGCCAGGCGGAGGGGAACCAGCAUCAACUGGAAGGAUCUCAAGGCCAAUCAUCAGAAAAUCAACACCAUUCAGAGAGAUCUCAUGGCCAGUCGGAGAGUUCUUGUAGCCAGUCAGAGAGUUCUCAUGGCCAGUCGGAAAGAUCUCAUGGCCAGUCAGAAAGAUCUCAUGGCCAGUCACAGAGUUCUAGUGGCCAGUUGGAGAGAUCUCCAGGCCAAUCCAAGAGAUCUCGUGGCCAGUCAGUGAGAUCUCCAGACCAAUCGGAGAGAUCUCGUGGCCAGUCCGAGAGUUCUAGUAGCCAGUCCGAGAGUUCUCCUAGCCAGUCCGAGAGUUCUCCUAGCCAGUCUGAGACUUAUUGA